AUGGUGCCUGUUUUGCUCUCCCCGAGCCUCUCCCAGCUGAGCCUGUGGGCUUUUGGACUGAUCUUGGUCUUAGGCUUCCUCAAGCUCAUUUGUCUGCUGCUGGGGAGGCAGAUGCUGGCCAGGGCUAUGGACAGCUUCCCAGGGCCUCCCACCCACUGGCUCUUCGGGCAUGCCCUCGACUUCCUGAACAUCUAUGGCCCUGACUACACCAAAGCUGUGUACAGUCGAGGAGACCCUAAGGCCCCAGAUGUGUUUGACUUCUUCCUCCAGUGGAUUGGGAGAGGCUUGCUGGUCCUCCAGGGGCCCAAGUGGUUUCAGCAUCACAAGCUGCUCACACCUGGCUUCCCUUAUGACCUGCUGAAGCCCUACCUGGCCGUGUUCACAGAGUUCACACAUGCCAUGCUAUCAAAGGGCCUCUGUGAGACCCCAGACAAGUGGGAGGAAAAGUCUCGUGAGCAUAAGAGCUUUGACAUCUUCUGCGAUGUGGGCCACAUGGCGCUGGACUCGCUCAUGAAGUGCACCUUUGGCAGAGGAAAGAGCGGCCUGGGCCACAGGGACAGGAGCUACUGCCUGGCGGUCAGCGAUCUCUCGCUGCUGUUGCAGCAGCGCUUCGAGUCCUUCCAGCAGAGGGCGGGUCCCCAGGCAGUGACACCCUGUGCUCCCAGCCCAGAUCAGGUCAUCAGGGAAGGGAAGGCAGCCCUGCAGGACAAGAAAGAGCGAGAGAAGAUCCAGAGCCGGAGGCACCUGGACUUCCUGGACGUUCUCCUGGGGGCCCGGGAUGAAGAUGGGAUCGAGCUGUCCGAUGCAGACCUCUGGGCCGAGGUGGACACGUUCAUGUCUGAAGGCCAUGACACCACCACCAGUGGCAUGUCCUGGUUUCUCUACUGCAUGGCCCUGUACCCCGAGUGCCAGCAUCAUUGUCAGGAGGAGGUGCGAGAGAUUUUUAGGGACCGGGACUCCAUCCAGGGGGAUGAUCUGAGGAAGAUGACCUACCCGACCACGUGCCUCAAGGAGAGCUUCCGCCUCUACCCCGCCGUGCCCCAGGUGUACCGCCAGCUCAGCAAGCCUGUCACUUUGUGGAUGGUCGCUCUCUACCUGCAGGCCACCCAUCCAGUUACCCUGCGCUCCAAGAAUGGCAUCCACCUCCACCUGAAGCCGCUGGGCCCCGGCUCUGAGAGGAAGGAACCGACCAAGAUGCUCAUCAAGGAGGAGCUUGAGGGGAAGCCUUCUGACUCUGACCUCUUUUGA